AUGCCUCCCUUUCGCAUGCCCUUUUCCUCCAAGCGACCCAUGGUCACCACCGAGCCUGUCGACGAAAACGCCCGCCCGACCUCCAACGAUGGGCAUGUCACCAGCCCGUAUAGGGACAAACCUUCUGUAGCACUAGGAGUGAAAGAAAGACGAGAAGCACCGGAUGAAUUCAAAUUGAGCUCCGUCAAUGACAGUGGUGAAUACCUUCCUCCAUCACCCACCGAGAAAAAGUCCUUCUGGGUCAAAUCCCCGGUCUCUGGGAACAGCAACCACCGCAGUUGCUUCAACGAGAACGAACCCUUCUCCAUUUCCCGUGAAUCCUUCGAGUCGUACAGACGUUCUUUUGACAUUUCCGGGCGAUCCCCUAUUGUACAGACCGACAGCUUCACCUCGCGCACAUCAUUAGACUCGAGACCCUCAACCCGAUUCCCUACCCGAUCCACGUUCAACAGCAGUACGUUUGAAGAGCCCACGGCCGAGGAAGGGUUUGAGGACGUCAAGCUGAACGAGGAGCCCAAACAACAACCCAAAAAGAAAAGCUUUCUGUCACGAUUUGGCGACUCCAGUGGCGACACCGGAUCUGUCAAGGAAGACGGAAAACAUCAUUUCCAUCUGCUUCCAGGACGGAGACGAGGUCAAAGCGGCACAGGCGACGAGUUGGGAGACAUGCCUCGACCACAGAGUAGUGGUAAAGCGGAAGUGGUGGUACGGUAG